GAGCGGUACAGGGUGUCCAACAAAUCCCAGUGCCAUUACAAGCAAUAAAUACUUGUAAUGGUACGGGGACAUUAUGGACACCCUGUAUUUUCUGUGUAACGCCGAUAUAUGACAUACUGUAAAUCAGUCGGUUUUCUAGCUGUCUGUGUCCCGUAAAUAUUUGGUCACAAUGAAGCCCCAAACCCGACAACUAAUCGACCAUACACCCCGUAAAUGGUUAGUGUCGACAGUGCGCCUCACGCGGUGCGCUGUAGACAUCACUAAAGGGUGCUUGCAACGUCCCAUCGGCUCGUAGCUGCUACCGUUUUUUACAUUAUCUCCUUUGCCACCUCCUUUCUUCAGUGUACUGUCUUAGUUUAACAAGACCACUGAGCUGGCCUGAAGGAUUAGAUGUUCGGGACCUACAGCUUAUUGUGGGAUCCGAACCACAUUAUAUCGUGAAAUGAAUUUCUAAUCGCCAGAAAUAAAUUUCUCUGAUUCCACGUUGGCAAAAUGGAAAAUCGAACUCGCGACUAUCGAAUCGGUAGGCGAGCACAUAACCAACGAGUGACUACCUUCUUUCUUCGAAAUUGCUAUACAAACUCUAUUUGUGAAGAGUACUUUACUAUAUCAAAUUGCAGAAAAGCAGUUUUAAGUCCUACUGAAUUUUACGAAGUGAGGAAUGGAUCGUCAUCGCUGUGAAAGGUUCUGUCCAAAUACAGAAGAAUCUGGAGACCCAUUACAGAGAGAUGGAGAGAAUGGAGAGAUAGUCACCCGCGAGAUGUGCGUCUUGAGGAGGCGUCCGAAAACUUUUCCCGCCCAAUUUCGUUGCGAAUCGCACUGCGUCGGCAAUUAUUAUUUCCGGGGCUGUCCACUAUUCAGAGAACAGACUUACUCCCAGAGACUGAGGAUACAGGAAAACAUGACAAAAAUUAACGUUCAUUUGCAUCAGAGGAAACGUGUUCAUCGCUGUCAGCCAUUGAGGCAUGCUGACAUCAAUCCUGUUCUGUUUACUUAUUUGAAAAGUUACGAUGAGCGGCCGUUGUUUCGAGUGCCUGAAGAGUACUUCCGGACAGAGGCAAAGAGUAACGAGGAACCCAGUUUAUCACAAGAAGCCCAGAUCAUUAAUAUCUGGGAGGAAUUUAUUCACGGUACCUCUGUGCUGAACAAAGGUUUCCAAAACAAUACCCGCGAGAGAGAGAAAACCCUAGCCGCCACUUUCCAGAGCUACCUCAGCCAGUUCCUUUCUCAGACGCUGGUUAGUUUGGCAAUAUACCUCGCACAUUUCGUCAUUUACUUCUUUUCAAUGUGUUUCUAUAGCUUGUUCUGGUCGUGCCUCGGGUACAUUCUCCUCGAUGGUCACAUCAGAAUCCACGAAAGAGCUUAUAAGUACAAUGUCAACGUGAAGUUCGGGGGCAGCGCUUUCCAGGGACCAGCCUACAUUCUGGUCAGGGACUGGUGUGAGCACUGUCAGCAGACGGAGAGGGAGAGGAUGUCUAUUCGCCUCAUGGAGAAGAUGAAGAAAGAUAUUAUACUCCAUGAGAAAUAUCACAUGCAGACGUCAACAUAGGAUAGACAGUUUUCACCUGUUCCCAACGAUCAAUAGUCUUGUGUACUUAAGACUGAUUGUGAACUAUUAUACAGUAAAACUCUAUGUAAUAUAAUCAUCACAAAAAAUAUAUGCACUUUAGUUGUAGGUUAAUCCAUGACUUGUGUAAUAUAUCAUUUUUAUCCCUUCCAAGAAUUUUGGAUUCAUUUGUUUGGAUAUAUUGACUUGGCGUUCCUCUUUUUGCUUUCACAGUUGUUGAAAUGAAAAUAAAAGCAAAAAA